UCUAUUCUUCGUCACCGACCUUGUCGACGGUACUCACACGGCUCGGCAGAAAAAAUUCCCCAUCUCGCUGCCGAGCGCCCCACCAGCCCGCUCGCUCCGUCGCUCGCCUUCUUCCUCCUCGCGCGAGCGCCGCCGUCCCUCCCUCCCCAUCCCGCUGCCGAGCGAGCGCCCCAGACCCCUAGCUCGUCUUCCUACUCGCGCGAGCGCCUCCGCCGCAGGUUGAUCUCCCCUUCGGUUCUCUCGCUCCCGACCGUUUCUCCUCCCUUCACCCCACGAACGGAUUCCGCCAUUUAGCUCCCCGUUCCGUCUCCUUGAUCUUCCCCAAUUCGUAACGGAGGCAAAAAUCCAGGUGCCCAACGUACCUUGCUCUACUGGGAACUCCGCCCGUGCACGCUUCAAUCUUGCCUGCUGUAAACCAUACAUUCUCAAUGUUCUUUCUGAGGUAGUAUGUCUGAACAAAAGGAUAAUGUUAGUAAAAGCUCUUGCUCAAGCAUUAGCACCAGUACUCAGGGGAGUGAGGAGGAUGUGACAGUUGGUGCCAUUGUAACUGAACCAAAGAACAAUGGACGGAGUCUUGGAAAGCGUCUGUCACACUUAGAUUCACUCCCGCACACUCCUCGAGUUAAUGGGAAAAUUCCUGAUCUUACUUUUGCAAGUAUAGACCAUGUAACAUUAAUGGAAAGAUUGGGAACUUACGGCUUAGCUGAAUAUCAGAUAGAAGGAGAUGGGAAUUGCCAGUUUCGAGCUCUGGCAGACCAGAUAUUCCGCAAUGCUAACCAUCACAAACAUGUGAGGAAGGCGGUAGUGAAGCAGUUAAAGGAAUACAGGAAACACUAUGAAGGCUAUGUACCAUUGGAUUAUAAAGUUUACUUGAAGAAAAUGAAAAGAUCUGGGGAAUGGGGAGAUCAUGUGACACUACAAGCGGCUGCAGACCGGUUUGCUGCCAAAAUUUGCCUGCUGACGUCGUUUAGAGACACAUGCCUAAUCGAGAUAGUCCCCAGGGAUGUCGCUCCUACAAGAGAGCUUUGGCUAAGUUUCUGGUGUGAAGUACACUACAAUUCCCUGUAUGCAACUGAAGCAGAUCUUCCAACGCUCAAGGCUAAAAAGAAGCACUGGCUGUUCUAGAUAGGCUUUGCUGGUUCAUGGAUUCGAGGCUUCCUGUUAUUCUGUUGCAUCCAGUCCAGCAUCAUCUGUAUGUAAACAUUAUUUGAUACUGCUGAUGUUGUAAGUUGUAUCAUCGCCCUGAUGAUAUCAUGAGAAUUGAGAAACAUACUCAUGUAAGCUCAUGUACAGUGAAGUGCUGAAAGUUUUCUGUUGCUGAUGAGACAUUCAAUAGAAAUCAUUGAUCUUCUCAAGU